UUUUAAUCUUAAGAAGCUUGGAAAGUGUAAUUUUAAUGGUCUUAUGAAAGAUCUUAACAAGAAAUACCUUGAAGGCACUAGACAAUGGUUAUUUAAAAUACUCGACACUUGGUUUAACGAUAGAAGUGAAGAUGCUUCUAAUGUCAUGAUUUUGAUUGCCGGUCCUGGCGUUGGUAAAAGUGUGUUUGCUGCUGAGGUGUGUCGACGAUAUUCUGAAGAGAAGAAACUUGCUGCUUCUCAUUUCUGCAGAUAUAAUAGAUCAGAUGAGAGGAAUCCUCUAAUGUUAUUAGAAUCAUUGGCUAGUAGCAUGUGUGAUACAAUAUUAGAUUUUAAAAGUAAACUGAAUGAAGAAUUACAGAGAAACCACUCCUACAAUACAGUCACCGAUGCAUUCCGUGUUUUAUUGAAUAAUCCAUUGCAUUCAUUGGAAGGUCAUGAACCGAUGCUUUUGGUUAUUGAUGCCUUAGAUGAAAGUCAAGUUGACGGCAAAAGUGAAUUGUUGGAAUUGAUUGCAGAAGAGUUUGACCGACUGCCUAAAUGGAUUAAAAUCUUCAUCACCAGUCGUCCAGAACUUCCUGCUCAAAAGGAGCUGAAGGACAUGAAUCCUGUGGAAAUUACAACUAGUCCUCGUGAUGAAAACAACGAAGAAGACCUGUACAAGUUUUUGAGACAUCAGUUGAAUAAUCGGGUGCAGAAAGAUCCAUGCGUUCUAUUGUCAUUAGUUGAAAAAUGUAAAAGCUCAUUUUUGUACGCUUACCACGCACAAGAGAGGUUAAAAAAAGAAAAAACUGAGCUAACUGUCGAGAAUAUUGAACAAUUGGUUCCUACUGGGUUGAGUAAAUUUUACACAGAACAAUUCAAGAGAUUAAAUAAAUUAUUGAAAGGAAUAAUUUUAUCAACACACAAAACUGUUAUUUCCGAUAAAAACUUUACGGAAUGUCUUGAAGUGUUGGUGACUUAUCAAAGUAUUUUGCCUUUGUCUUUUCUUUUUCAAUGUUUAGGUUUUUCUGAUGACAUGAAGUUUAAAGAUCGUAUUAAAAUACAUCAAGUGCUAUCUCAAUUUUUUCCAAUUUACGAUGAUUAUUUGACCGUAUAUCACAAGUCUCUCAUUGAUUGGUUAAAAUCAGAUGGUUAUGAAGAGCAUGAGUUUACAGUUGAUCCAAAAAAUGGUCAUAAGUUCUUAUGGCAUGCUUGUGAGAAAGUGUUUAGACAAAUUAAGUCGAUGAACAUUUUUGAAGAUCAGAUGAACACUGCUAUGAUUAAAUAUGCUUUGAAGAAUGGAGUCCACCAUAUGAUAGAAUGUGGCGAAAAUGUUGACUUUAGCUGGGCAGUAGAUAUCAAAGUGGUUUGUGCGAGGUUAAUGUGUGUGGAAAACAUUAACUUGAAUACCAUUAGGUUUGAAUUGCUUGAAAUCAUUGAGGAACUACCUACUUUAUUGAAAAAAGAUGUACUUAAUGAACCACUAUUGCGAUUGUUUUCGUCAAUGGGAUAUGUCUCAUAUAAAGUUAGAGAUAGCUUAGAUUUUUUACAAUUUAUUGCAAACAGAAUUCAUGGCAGUAACGAAAGAAGAUUAUUGGCUAAGGAUUUAUUGAAACAAGGAAAGUUUUCUUGGUUCGAGGAUUUGGACACAACAUAUUUAACAAACCAUCAUCAUUUGACUGUCCCCUUGCGUGCUAACGUUACAUCUCUUUGUGUGUCGUCCAAUGAAGAACUUCUUGCUGUAGGAUAUGAAAAUAGUCAAAUAUCUAUUUUUGAACUUCCAGAAUUCACAGAAAGAUGCACUCUCGGCACUGUACUUGAUGAUUCAAGGCUAAAGGAAUGGGACGAGUAUGACAAAUUUGCAUCCCAGUAUGACAUCUAUGACAAUUUAAACAAUAACUUUAACUAUGGCUAUCCAGAAAUGAAGAAAUCUUCUUAUGUACGUGGAAACAUCUGUUGUUGCUCCUUCUCACCUACCGGAAAUAGACUGGUAACUAGUGAUGGAUCUACUGAAGUAAAGUUGUGGGACGUUAACAAUGAACGUUUGUUAUUAUGUUUACAGUCAGAUGAUGUCGUUAAUCGUUGCUCUUUCUUGGAUUCUGGUUUGUUCAUUACAGCAGAAUAUCUAAAAGUUUACUAUGAUAAUCUUAUGAGGAACACACUUAUGUUCACUGCAUGGAAUUCAUUAACUUUGCAAAGAAUCGAUCGACGCUGCGUUGUUGAUUACCAAGAACUACAAUGCACCGAUAAAUAUUCAGAGUUCUUUGUUGCACAAUUCGACGACACUUCGUAUGUUUUUCAAUUCCCAAAGGCAAUCGAUAUUUUUUCAAGUAAAAAGGAAUAUUCACUACCUUUGUAUUUAAUAACACACCAUUAUCGUGAUUGUAUUUUUUAUCAUACAAGCCAGAAUGGAAAGCUUUCUGAAAUCACUCAGUUGACAAAAUACAACGAUCAAGGAGAAAUCGAAUUUUGUUUACCGGAUGUUGAGUGUCAAUGUUUUUGGAGGAAUCUUACGAAAGUCCAUCCAAUCUCGUUUAAAGAAUUUUACGUUGUGCCGUAUCUUACAAAGCUUAAAAUUUUCAAAACUGAUCAUCUUUGGAGACCUUCAUUUGUCUUUGAGGAAUUUGAAAUUAAAUGUUGUUGUUUGUCACCGGAUGGAUCUUUUUUUGCUGCUUUCGCUGUGGGUGACCACGUCAACAUUCAUAUUUGGAGCAUUGAACGUUGCACUAUUAUUCAAACUGUACCAAUGCAACUGAAGAAAGCAAAAGGAUGUUGGUGGUCAGAUGGUUUAUUGUGGAUAUGGGAUGGUUCUCGUCAUCUUACGAAGAUAUCAACUUCGUCUGAAAAUUUUGUAGAUUCUACUCAAGCAAAGCAUGUUAACAUUGGAUUUAGAGCGAGAAAAAUAUUAACAUUUGGUGAUGUCUUAGUUUGUAAAAACCGUAAAGGUUUUGUUAGAGUUGUUAGAAUUACCAAGGGUGAGAUACAAUACAACAAAAGACUUCCUGUUGAUAGAUCAAAAUUUAAAGCAGCAGCUAUAACUGUAAAUGAUCUAGAGUUCAACUGCUGUAUAAGUGAUAGUAAACAAGCAGCCAUAGCAUUUUCCGAAGGCUUCGAAUGUGUGGGCAUUUAUGUAAUUAAUGUUCAAGAGAAUGGUAAUGUGAAUGAGAUUUUACAUAAUGUCAGUCUUGGAUUUUUGAAAUCCAACCUAGUCGUACACAAAUCUUAUUGCAUUGGAGUGUUUGAUUGGCCAUUGGGUGCUGUAGAUUUAAAGAGUGGUAAAACGUGCGCUGAAUUUGACAACGAACAUUAUUCUACCUUUAUGAUAACUAUGCAUCCCAAUACAGGAACUUUAGCUUUAGUUGACAAAUCAUUUUGCAGAAUUGAAUUUUUAAAACUUAAUGUUCCUGAAUAA